ACCUCCGGCGGUCAGCGGGGCGCUGCUCUCAUGUCUCCCCGGCUUCACCGCCUCCUUCUCGGCAUAAACUCUCCGGCUCUCUGACCGCCUGACCUCGGUGUGUUUGCCCACAGACGGCGGGGAUGUUCCGGCUGUGGUUGGAGGCGGCCGUGGUGCUGUGGCUCGCCCGCGGGGCGCUGGGAGGCGCAGCGCGGCUGUACACGGAGGAGGACCCGCUGGUGAUCCUGAGCAGCGGCAGCCUGAAGACCACCGUCACUAACUCGUCGUCGGCCUGGCUGGUCCAGUUCUUCUCCUCCUGGUGCGGACACUGCAUCCAGUACUCCAGCACAUGGAAAGCUCUGGCCCAGGACGUGAAAGACUGGCAGGAUGCCAUCGGUGUUGCCGUGCUGGACUGCGCUCAGGAGGAAAACUUUGACGUCUGUAAAGAGUACAGCAUCAAGUUCUACCCAACAUUCAAAUAUUUCCGGGCCCACAGUCCGGUGACAGACAGAGGGACGACCUACAGAGGUGCAGACAGAGAGAUCCAGUCUGUCCGACAGGUGAUGGUCAGCAUCCUGCAGAACCACACCAGGCUGGACCGGCCCCAGCACUGUCCUCCAUUAGAACCAUACAGCUCUGCUGAGCUGCUGCCUCUGCUGGGUCAACGGUCAGACCACUACACCGCCGUCAUCGUGGAGGAACCCGACUCGUACGUCGGCCGCGAGGUGAUCCUGGACCUGCUACAGUACUCAGGUGUGCAGGUGAAGAGGGCUCUGAGCUCAGACCUCCCCCUGCUGGACGCACUGAAGAUCUCCGCCUUCCCCUCCAUCUACCUGCUGCAGCCCAACGGGACGCACUCACACCUGCACAGUGAGAAGAAGCUGCGGUUCUUCUUCUCCUCCCUGCUGAAGACGCUACCUGGAGUCCAGCGCAGGUUGCAGUCGGACAGCAGCAGCUCCAGUGUCGGCCAGGUGGGGGCGCUGCAGGACAAACAGAGGACAGAGCCCUGGAGAGACUUUGACAGGUCCAAGGUGUACCUGGCGGACCUGGAGUCGGCGCUGCACUACCUGCUGAGGGUGGAGCUGGCCACGCACAGCACGCUGGAGGGGGAGGAGCUUAAGGUCUUCAAGGACUUCGUCGCUUUGGUCGCCAAGUUAUAUCCAGGUGGAGGCUCAGUGAGGAAGCUGAUGGAGACGCUCUCUGAUUGGCUGAUCAGUCUGCCGCUGCAGCGAAUCCCCUAUCAGGCUGUUCUGGACCUGGUGGACAACAAGAUGAGGAUCUCAGGUGUGUUCCUGGGGGCAGAGCUUCGCUGGGUUGGUUGCCAGGGCAGCAGGGCGGGGCUCCGAGGUUACCCCUGUUCUCUCUGGACUCUGUUCCACGUUCUGACCGUUCAACACGACGCCACGCCCACCGCACUGGACAACACAGGUUCUCUCAGUGAUGAUCCUCUCUUUCCUAAGUCUCCAUGGCCGAGCACCUCCCUCUGCUCCUCCUGCCACGAGGAGAAAAAUGGCGUCCACGUGUGGAACCAUGACAACGUGCUUCACUUCCUGCGACGACACUACGGCGCCGCCAGCCUCUCCCCCCGCUACUCCCUCACCCCCCCACACCUCCCCGCGCCUCCUCCUGAGCACGCUCAGAGCAGCCGGCCGGAGGGGGAGGAGCCUCGCCGUGGCAACCAGGCGGUGAGGGAGGAGCAGAGGGAGGUUCUGGUGCGGCCCGGAGGCUCUGCGUGGAUCCUGGGCUCGCUGGGCUUCAACAGCGUGGACAUGAGUCUGUGCGUGCUGCUCUACGUCUGCUCCUGCCUCUUCCUCAUGCUGCUCUUCUUCUUCUUCAAAGUCCGGUCCAGGAGGUGGAAGCUGCGAGCCGGCCGCCUGCACGUCUGACUGGACCCAACGGAACCGGGCGGUGUAACAGGGUCAGGGCUGGUUCUACUGGGACGCUCAGGGAGCCUCCAGCAGCGAUUGAUGACUCCAUCAGUUACCAGAAUGACUGACUGAGUCACUUUUAAAGUUUUAUUUUAUGGAACUAAAGAAUCCGGAUCAGAACCUGCAGCGCCUUUGUGGUGUCAGCUGACGUUUUUAUUUACGGUUAAACUCAACAAAAGAAAAUAAACUACGACUGUCGUCCCGUGAGGAGUCUCCAUGUUCUCCCCGUGCAGCGUGGGU